AUGCAGGCCGAGGCUACUCCCACCGAAAACGCUCUGCCCUUGGUCUGGAUUCUGAACCACGAUGAAGGGCUCAACGACUGGCUUGGCAGUCAUCCACCUAGUCGUCUUGGAGCACCUCCAGCUCUCAACAAUGGCCUUGUCACUCCUCCCAUUUGGGUCUUGCACCUCAAGUCUGUCGACGAGCUCGCAGAGUUAACUCCUAAUGCCAACAUCAAUCCAGCCUUCAUCAAAGCCACCAACAUGGCUCGAGAAGCUGCAGCCAAGUUCGACACAAUCCAGCAGGACGAGGAGAUCCCUACUAGAUCCAACGGCAAGUCUCUAAUCAAGAGCAAGAAGCAAUGUCGUACCGAGGUGCAAGACAAUUUCCACGAUCAGAUCAUCCUGAUGUCUGCCGACGAUCCUCUUUGGGGUCAGGGCCGAUGGACACUGCUCGUUCGACCUCAGAACAUCAACGAGACCUUUAGUGCCCUCGCCUUCAGUCUCGCUACAGGUGAGUUGAGGAGGCAUGGCUCCAUCAUCGCCUUGCGCGCUCGCACUCUCCCGCCUUCGCAGAGCUUUGUCGAUUCCAAGAAGAAGGGCUCUCCUGUCCGCAAGGGCAGUGCUAGGUCACCCAACUCAUCUCGCCCUAUCGGCGACAUCCCUCUCGGCAUCGAUAUUUUCUUUCGACCCGUCUGGAACUCGACCGCUGCUCGCGAUGUCCUUCGUGUCGUCGCCGGCGCUUGCGGUAAGAUGCCUGCCUUUUGCAAGUCAAGCCUCUACUCUCGCCUGGGCAUUCGUAACGAUCAUCCGCUCGGUGUCCAUGCAAGCCUUUACAACUCUAAAAUCUUGACUUCACCAGCUGAUACCAAGCAGUGGAUUGACAAGUACGCUCCCCCGGUGGCCAAGGGGGAAGGCAGUAGCUCUUUCAAGAUGGCUGAGUCUACCAAGUCGACUGACGCGGUCGCUGCUUCAGAGACUCCCAAGCAGAAGGCCGGUGAGCCCGUAGCGGUGGCGAUGGUCAAACGGCUGCUAGAACCGGGGUCGACUGACAACAUCGUCGGCAAGUCUGAAGAGCCUGCUCAGAAGAAGGCGCGCAACGGCGACUCCACCACUCAUGAGCAAGUGGCUGUAAUGGUCGAAGAGAGUGAACCCGAGACCCAAGAGUCACCGGAUGAACCUAUGCUACCUACACGUCCGACCAAAAAGGCUGCUGACGCUGCGCCGUCCGGGGCUUCGGCAUCGCUGGAAGCCAUCACCCAUGAGGAACUCAAGAAGCUCGACACCUCUGCAACUGCUCCGCAGGUGAAGCCUGAGGAGGUUUCGCAGUCGGUUGAACCUGCUGCCCUGGCCAUCGCUGCUGGUCAUUGGCCAAUGGAGGAAGAGUCUCAGACUCAGAUUGAGCCUUCUACUGCUCCGAUAAGCAACCUCUUGGCCACCGAAGCUGCGACGGAUCUCCCCUCACCCGAGAUGUCGCAAGCUAAAGAGCAGACAGUCAGUGCUGUUCCCAGGGAUGAAGCCGAGAUCACAGCUGCUGCCCCGGCUGCAGAUACGGAAGCUGAGUCGAGCCUUUCUAAGGCAAAUGAUGAUAUCGGGAUGCCGCCGGCAGAUGGGAAGGUGAAAGAGGCAGAGACAGUCAACAAGCCAAAGGAGGUCGUAGAAACCAGUAAGUCUACAACGACUGAGGUCGAGAAGCCCAAUGAGCGGCAGUCGACUAUCACUCAUCAUCAAGCAUCGUCCAACGGCGAGCAAGUUGGACCAGCUGCCCAGGCUCCGGAAGCCACGAUCACAAACGUCGCUCUCACAAGCCAGACGGUGGAAGUAGUGAUACCUUCUCCCACACAGCAAGCUCAGGAGCCGGUCACUAGUAGCGAGAAUGGCGACUCGAAUGUCAAUUCUGCUGGUCAGGUAGAACAUCUCGCAGAGACUACAACCACGUCUGCUGCAUCAGCUGAUGUCACGCUCGAGCUGAAGCAGCCAAAUGCAGACGUCAAGACCAAUCUCGGUGUCACAGCCGAAAGUAAGGAAGUUGACUCAACCCAGUCAUCCAAGUCUCUUUCCAUCGAUAAGGCUGAACCGCCUGUAUACAAGCCUGCUCAGCCAGUAGCUCCGAAGCCAGCCGCGAACGAAGGUGAAGGGACGGGCAACGAGUCUCAGUGGUUCGAAAGCAACAUGAUCGCUUCUGCCGACGCUGCCGAGAGCGCGAGCGCCGAUAGCAAUACCGACCCUGUUCUCGAAAAGGUCAAGAAAGCUGAAGUCGUCGACAACCACCCUGUGGAGGGCAAAGAGGCAGACAAGGAAGAUACGGCGGCUGUUCUUCAAGCGAGCAAGUCCAAUUCGCAGCUGUCUACAGGAAAUGGGAAGGAGAUGAGUCUCGAUGAACUGAUUGUCGAAGGAGCAACUACUGCGGGCGAAGCAGCUGUCGAGGUUGGCAACAAGGCCGCAGACGAAGCGGCUGAUAAAGCCGCUGAUGGGUCCGCCAGCAAGUGA